GUUUGCUGAAAUGUCAUAUUCAUGGAAAAGAGAAAUUCUUUAAUUUUUUUCCCUAUAGCUGUCAGUUGUACACUGUAGAAACUAUUGUUGUACCAAUAUUCUUGUUUGCAAAUUACUCAUAGAAUUCAAACAGAUUUCAGAAAUGGAGGUUGGCUUAGCAGUUGGUGGUGCAUUUCUCUCUUCAGGCCUGCAAGUUAUCUUUGAUAGGCUUGCACCUAAGGGAGAUCUGCUCAAGAUGUUCCAGAAGCAUACGAAAGAUGUUCGUCUUUUAAAGAAGUUGAGAAUGACUUUGCUUGGUCUUCAAGCUGUGCUAAGUGAUGCAGAGAAUAAGCAAGCAUCAAAUCAAUUUGUGAGAGAGUGGCUUAAUGAGCUUCGAGAUGCUGUGGAUGGUGCUGAAAACUUGAUUGAACAAGUCAAUUAUGAAGCUUUGAGACUUGAGGCUGAAGGUAAGCAUCAAAAUCUUGGAGAAACAAGCAACCAGCAAGUAAGUGAACUUAACCUGUGCUUGAGUGAUGAUUUCUUUCUUAAUAUAAAGAACAAGUUGGAAUACACUAUUGAAACAUUGAAGGAUUUGCAAGAGCAAAUUGGUGACCUUGGAUUAAAGGAGCAUUUUGGUGCUACUAAACAAGAAACUAGAACACCUUCAACUUCUUUGGUUGAUGAUUCUGACAUCUUUGGAAGGCAGAAUGAUAUAGAGGAAUUGAUUGACCGUUUAUUGUCUGAAGAUGCAAGUGGAAAAAAACUGACUGUAGUUCCCAUUGUUGGAAUGGGCGGCGUGGGUAAGACAACACUUGCUAAAGUCGUUUACAAUGAUGAGAAGGUGAAGGACCAUUUUGGUUUGAAAGCUUGGUUUUGUGUUUCUGAGGCAUAUGAUGCUUUUAGAAUAACAAAAGGUUUACUUCAAGAAAUUGACUCAUAUGACUUGAAGGCUGAUGAAAAUCUUAAUCAGCUACAAGUCAAAUUAAAGGAAAGCUUAAAGGGAAAGAAGUUUCUUGUUGUUCUAGAUGAUGUAUGGAAUGACAACUACACCGAGUGGGAUGAAUUGAGAAAUGUUUUUGUACAAGGAGAUAUAGGAAGUAAGAUUAUUGUGACGACACGUAAAGAGAGUGUUGCCUUGAUGAUGGGUAGUGGGGCAAUCAAUGUGGGGACUUUGUCUGAUGAAGCCUCUUGGGAUCUAUUCAAACGACAUUCACUAGAAAACAGGGAUCCUAAAGAACAUCCAGAAUUUGAAGUGAUUGGAAAACAAAUUGCAUACAAAUGCAAAGGGUUGCCUUUAGCUCUAAAGGCACUUGCUGGUGCUUUACGCUGCAAAUCAGAGGUGGAUGAGUGGAGAGACAUUUUAAGAAGUGAAAUAUGGGAGCUUCCAAGUUGUUUGAAUGGUAUAUUACCAGCGUUGAUGUUAAGCUACAAUGAUCUUCCUGCACCUUUGAAGCAAUGUUUUGCUUAUUGUGCAAUAUAUCCCAAAGAUUAUCAAUUUUGCAAAGACCAAAUUAUUCACCUGUGGAUUGCUAAUGGUCUUGUACAGCAGUUGCUUUCAGGUAACCAAUACUUUCUCGAGUUGAGGUCAAGAUCACUUUUCGAAAGGGUCCCAGAGUCUUCUGAAUGGAAUUCAGAGAAAUUCUUAAUGCAUGACCUUGUCAAUGAUUUGGCCCAAAUUGCAUCUUCAAAUCUUUGUCUAAGGUUGGAAGAGAAAAAAGGAUCGCACAUGUUGGAACAAUGUCGGCACAUGUCCUGUUUAAUAGGAGAAGAUGGUGACUUUGAGAAAUUUAAAUCACUCUUUAAAUCAGAGCAGCUGAGGACAUUACUUCCAAUCAAUAUCCAGCCCUAUUAUAACAACAAUCAGCUAAGCAAGAGGGUGCAGCUUAACAUACUGCCUAGACUAAGAUCCUUGAGGGUAUUAUCACUAUCUCAUUACAAGAUUAAGGAGUUGCCAAAUGACUUGUUUAUCAAAUUAAAGCUCCUCAGAUUUUUGGGUAUCUCUCACACGAAGAUUAAAAGGUUGCCAGAUUCCAUUUGUGUGUUGUAUAACUUGGAGACACUUCUCCUGUCAUCUUGUGCAGAUAUUGAGGAGCUACCGCUGCAGAUGGAGAAGUUGAUCAACUUACAUUACCUCGACAUAAGCAACACUCCUCGCUUGAAGAUGCCGCUACGUCUGAGCAAGUUGAAAAGCCUCCAAGUGCGUGGAGCCAAGUUUCUUCUAGGUGGUUCGAGAAUGGAAGAUUUGGGUGAAGUACAUAACUUGUACGGAUCUCUAUCAGUUUUAGAGUUGCAACAUGUGGUUGAUAUUAGGGAAGUUUUGAAGGCAAAGAUGAGGGAGAAGAAUCAUGUUGACAAGUUAUCAUUGGAGUGGAGUGAAAGUAGUAGUGUCGACAAUGCACAAACAGAAAGAGACAUACUUGAGGAGCUACGCCCACAUAAAAACAUAAAAGAAGUCGAAAUCAUUGGAUAUAGAGGGACAAACUUUCCCGAUUGGGUUGCUGAUCCUUUGUUUGUUAAGCUGGUGAAAUUGUCUCUUAGAAACUGCAAGAACUGUAAUUCGUUGCCAGCACUAGGACAACUCCCUUGUUUGAAAUUUCUUUGGAUUAGAGGGAUGCAUGGAAUAACAGAGGUGACGGAAGAAUUCUAUGGUAGUUUGUCGCCUUUUAACUCUCUUGUGGAGCUUAGAUUUGAAGAUAUGCCUGAGUGGAAGCAAUGGCACCUACCAGGAAGUGGAGAGUUUCCUACACUUAAAAACCUUUUAAUAGAAAAUUGCCCUGAGCUCAGUUUGGAGACACCGAUCCAACUUUCAAGUUUAAAAAGGUUUAAUGUUAUUGGUUGUCCAAAGGUUGGAGUUGUUUUUUAUGAAGGGAUGAAACAGAUUGAGGAAUUUUAUAUUAGGGAUUGUAACUCCUUACCUUUUAGCAUACUGCCCAGUUCCUUGAAAGUGGAGGAAUGUGAUUGUAUAGAUGAUAUAUCAGCUGAGUUGCUCCCAACAGCACGCAAUUUGAGUAUUAGGAAUUGCCACAACCUUACUAGGUUUUCUAUUCCUACUGCCACUGAAUGUCUCUAUAUUCAGAAAUGUGAAAAACUCUCGAUGGCAUGUGGAGGGACCCAGAUGACGUAUUUGUGUAUUAGAGACUGCAAGAAGCUGAACUGGCUGCCAGAACUCCUUCCAUCUCUUAAGACACUGGAACUGAUUAAUUGUCCAGAAAUAGAGUCCUUUCCUCGAGGACGAUUGCAGCAACUUGUAAUCUGGAAUUGCAAGAAACUGGUGAACCGACGAAAGGAGUGGCGUUUACAGACACUCCCCUGUCUCAUAGAGUUACUGAUCUCUCAUGAUGGGAGUGACGAAGAUAUUGAACAUUGGGAGUUGCCUUGUUCUAUUACAAGACUUGAGGUAUCCAAUCUUAAAACAUUAAGCAGCCAACAUCUCAAAAGCCUCACCUCUCUUCAAUAUCUAUGUAUUGAGGGUAAUUUACCUCAAAUUCAGUCAAUGCUGGAACAAGGCCACUUUUCGCACCUCACUUCGCUUCAAACUCUACUAAUCAUGAAUUUCCGUAAUCUCCAAUCACUUCCUCAAUCAGCACUGCCCUCCUCCCUCUCUCAGCUGACCAUAUAUGAUUGCCCUAAUCUCCAAUCCCUUCCAUUAAAAGGGAUGCCCUCUUCCCUCUCUGAACUAUCUAUUUCAGAAUGUCCAUUGCUCACACCACUACUAGAAUUUGAAAAGGGGGAAUACUGGACAGAAAUUGCUCAAAUUCCCAGCAUAUACAUCGAUGGGGAAUGCCUGUAAUGAUUAAAACAAAUGGCUCUUUAACAAAUAUAGCUUUGGUAAUUAUGAAGUUUCCUUCUAAUUAUGUCCAUUACUCAACCUCACUGACUCCUCCGAGAUAGCGGAAGAUCAAGGAAAAUGUCGAUGGUAUUAAUAUUGAUAUAGAUCACCGUAGAGAACUUCGCCCUGAGUUCAAUUUUUCGAUGCUUCCAAGUUUCAGCAGUCCUGAUUCCUGAAGUUUUGUGUGUGAGCAUCGUUCUCUCCUUUGAACUGUGAAUGCAUUUCAAGUGUUUAUACCUCUAACGAAGAUAUUAUAACCGUUGAAGAGAUCGUUGAAUGGUAGAAAAAUAAAGCAACGUCAGUAUAGAUUGUGUAUAGAUUGUUAAUAUUGAUGCUGCUGCUGCUGAUGUUAGUAUUCACUUGGCUAUUGUUAAAUAUGUUAAGGAAUUUUACAAAUUUUAUAAGCUCACAAAGGUUUGCUGAA